UCAUUUUGAUCUACCAUCUGUUCUCUUGAUAUACUCGGUAUUGACAACUUAAUUCCUUGCCGUUGUGUUCUUCCAACCUCUGCGAUAAUACUGGCAGCCAUUCCUUUCCAUCUAACCCCCUCGCGUUCAGCCGACGAUAACCGAAUAGCGGUGUAUACAGACAUUCCUUGCAAUAUAUGACACCGAAGGGAGAGCUCAAAGUGUUACUUUGGGGCUAUCCUUUGUGAUCCAGGGCUAGUGAACGAUAAUAGCUCUUAUUCGUCGUCAAAAAGCAUGGUUUCUCGGGUCCAAUAAUGUUACAAAUGCGUCUACAAUCAAUGUCAUACGGGGGUCUCAUACUUCGCUGGAGACCCCUGCGGAAAUCCGACUACCUUCAGUCUCAUACACUCGCCGUUCAAUCGGGAAAGCGAGGGGUUUUAACACAGAGCUAUACCCGGGGUCCAACCGAGCCCCCUUUGCUCGAAUGCACCAUUGGAGAGCACUUUUCCAAAAUUGUGAAAGCAUAUGGAGAUAGAACAGCGGUUGUUUCCAGACAUCAGAAUGACAGAGCGACUUAUACCAGUCUUGACGCUAAGAGCAAUGCACUUGCUCGAGGGUUAGAUUCCGUAGGGGUGCACAAAGGAGAUCGUGUGGCAGUCAUGCUGGGGAAUUCUAUGGAGCAUGCUAUUGUGACUUACGCUUUGUUCAAACUUGGGGCCAUCCUAGUACCGAUUAACCCAUCCUUCAAUGCAACCCAAGUCGUCGCGGCCCUGAACCAUCUAGGAACCAGCCACAUGAUAAUUAGCUCUGAAUCAAACCUUCCGCGGAAACAACCACGGAGUAAUGUCCCUCUGCUUAAACAUCUGGUCCAAGACCUUACCAGCACAAAGCUAGAGUCGGCUGUAGCCCCAACAUUAAAGAAUAUAAUUCUGGUGGAUAACUCCUCGGGUCGCAUCGAAAGUUCGUCAUAUCAAAGUCUAACCACAUAUUCAUCAAUCAUGUCUGAAAUCGCAGCGGACGGAACCGGUUUACCACCUCGAGACCUAUCGCCCCAAGAGGUUGUGAACAUCCAAUUCACCUCCGGGACCACAGCUAUGCCAAAAGCAGCAUGCCUCAGCCACCGCUCUAUCCUAAAUAACGGGUCCCAGAUUGGUGACAGAAUGCGGCUCACCGCAGCGGACAUCGUAUGCUGUCCUCCACCCCUGUUCCAUUGUUUUGGGUCUGUCCUAGGGUACAUGGCUACUGCAACGCACGGGUCAGCCAUCGUAUUCCCAACAGAGGCUUUUGACGCACGCGCAGCCUUGAGAGCAGUCCAAGAAGAGAAAUGUACCGCAUUAUAUGGGGUCCCCACCAUGUUUCUCGAAGAACUGGGCCUUCUUGAAUCAGGUGAAAUCCCUUAUGAAGGAUUCCAGUAUCUCAGAACAGGCAUUGCAGCCGGGAGCAGCAUCCCCGCGGAACUAAUGAAGAAACUGCACAAGAUCUUGAAUCUCACGGAAUUAACUAUCUGCUAUGGAAUGACCGAGACGAGCCCUGUGUCUGCCAUGACGACAACAGAUGACCCUCUCGACAAGCGAAUUAACACAGUUGGCCGGCUUAUGCCGCAUGUUGAAGCGAAGAUAGUAGAUACCACUGAUCAUAACAAGAUUCUUCCUAUCAAUACUCGCGGGGAAUUGGCGGUCACUGGCUAUCUCUUGAUGAAGGAAUAUUGGAAUGAUCCUGAAAGAACCUCUCAGUUUAUGCUCCGGGAUAAUGAUGGGAAGGUCUGGAUGCAUACCGGCGAUGAAGCAUCCAUGUCACCAGAUGGUUACAUCAGUAUAACCGGCCGUAUAAAAGACCUCAUCAUUCGUGGUGGGGAGAACAUCCACCCUCUCGAAAUCGAGAACUGCCUCCUCACGUUUCCCGGGGUGGCUGACGUAUCAGUCGUCGGUGUACCAGACGAACGAUACGGCGAAGUCGUCGCCGCAUUCAUCAUCUCCAAAGAGCAUGAACAGGAUGAGGCAGCUACAGGUGCAGCGAUAAGGGAAUUUGUCGGAGAUAAAUUGAGUAAUCAUCUCGUACCGAAAUACAUCUUCUUUCUUAAACCAUCCGACUCGUUUCCUAAGACUGCAAGUGGCAAGAUUCAGAAGUUCACCCUUAGAGAAACGGCUGCUAAGCUUCUUGGCUGGAAUUAGCCAGCUAUCUUCUUGGAGUUGGAUGGAUGUCUCAUGGAUGAAGUCGUGAUCGGGUUGCUUAUGGGCAUGUUUGGAAUGUUUAUACCGAUUGAUGUAUCAGAAAAGCGUAUAUAUCAAACAACGAACACCCAAUACAU